AUGUUUCGGGAAAAGCAAAGAGAGAAAGUAGUUGAAGGGAUUGGAAUUGGAGAAAUACCAAUUGGACAAGGUUUAAACCAAGAGAUAAUAAUAAAGAGAUUAGGAGAUACUCAUUGGAGUUCUCAUACUAGUACAUUAAUUAAUUUGAUACAUUUAUUUUCAUUUGUGAUUGAUGUUCUUGAGUAUAUUGGUGAAAAUGGAAAUGAUGAUCCACAAAGGGAUGAAGCAAUUGAGUUGCUAGAUGUUAUGAGUCGUUUUGAAUUUGUUUUUGUGUUGCUUCUCAUGAGAAAAAUUUUGGAAAUUACUCAUGACUUAUCUCAAGUUUUGCAAAGAAGGGAUCAAAAUAUUGUAAAUGCUAUGCAGCUAGUUAAAGUUUCCAAAUGA